AUGUGUUUCUGUUAUCGCGGUCCUAAUUACCAGACCCCGUUUGAGGCGGGGUGGCAGGCCCAUCCCUGGACAUCAGAAUGUGUCCUUCUGCCAGUCUUGUCUUCCCAUUCUUCCCUCCCUCGCUACACCCUUCCAUCCUGUGCUCCACCCCUCCACAUGGGACAGGCUGGCAAGGAGAAGGCCAGCGCCAGUGGCAACCACCAGAGCAGCCUGUUAAUUCGGACGGCCUACCUGUCAGUCGGCACCCCCACCGUCACCACCAUACCCGCCCCCUCUCACCUCCACAGUGACUGGAUCAGAGAAUGGCCUGUCAGGGGCCAUGAUGGUGAUGAUGACCCGGGGCUCUCCUGGGUAGCGUCCUCUCCCUCUAGCAAAGACGUGGCAUCGCCGUCACAGAUGCUAGGGGAUGGCUGCUGCGAUAUGGGCAUGGGCACAGGGGAGGAAGAAGGGGGCUCUGGCCUGCCUUAUCCCUGCCAGUUCUGCGACAAGUCCUUCAGUCGCCUCAGCUACCUGAAGCGCCAUGAGCAGAUCCACAGUGACAAGCUGCCCUUCAAAUGCACCUUCUGCAGUCGUUUGUUCAAACACAAGCGCAGCCGUGAUCGUCACGUCAAGCUGCACACCGGUGACAAGAAGUACAGUUGCCAAGAGUGCGAGGCAGCAUUUUCUCGCAGCGAUCAUCUCAAGAUCCACCUCAAGACACACAGUUCCAGCAAACCAUUCAAGUGCAGCAUUUGCAAGCGUGGCUUCUCUUCCACCUCCUCUCUCCAGAGCCACAUGCAAGCUCAUCGGAAGAACAAGGAACACCUGGCAAAGAAAGACCAGGGUAAGCGAGAUGGAUCUAGCAGUGAUGUAGCUGAGCAGGACCAGGACCUAUACAUGUGCGAUUACUGCGAAGAGACGUUCAGUCAGACAGAUGAGCUUGAGAAACACGUGCUGACACAGCAUCCCCAGCUCUCGGACCGCGCAGAGCUUCAAUGCAUCCACUGCCCUGAAAUCUUCAGCGAUGAAGGCACUCUACUCACCCAUAUUGACAGAACGCAUGCCAACAAGAAACACAAGUGCCCCAUGUGCGCUGAGCAGUUCCCAUCUGUAGAGGAUGUAUAUUGCCAUCUUGACAGCCACCGGCAUCCAGACUCCAGCAACCACAGUGCCAGUCCUGAUCCAGUCUUGGGAAGCGUGGCAUCAAUGAGCAGCGCUACCCCUGAUUCCAGUGCCUCCCUGGAGAGAGGAUCAACCCCAGACUCCACCCUUAAGCCUGGACAGAGCAGACGAAAGCUUGCACCUUCUUCUGAUCAUGAUGAUGGAAGCUGGUCAGGCAAAGGGACCUACAGUUGUCCAUAUUGCUCCAAGAGAGAUUUCAACAGCCUGGCUGUCCUGGAGAUUCAUCUGAAGACUAUCCAUGCAGACAAACCUCAGCAGAGCCACACUUGCCAGUUAUGUCUGGAAACCCUGCCAACUCUCUAUAACCUUAAUGAGCAUGUGCGCAAAGCACAUAGAUCCAGUGGGAGCUCUGCGUCAAACUUUCCCCUUCUGCAAUUCAGUAACGUUUCGGCCUUUCAUUGCAACUACUGUCCUGACAUGUUUGCAGACAUCAACAGCCUGCAAGAGCACAUCCGUGUUUCUCACUGCUUAUCUGGUGGUGGUGGUGUUGUUGCUGGAUCCACCACUUUGGAGGGCAACCAUGCUUUCUUCUGCAACCAGUGCUCCAUGGGUUUCCUUACAGAGUCCUCACUCACUGAGCACAUCCAACAGACCCAUUGCAGCAGUGGGGGAGGUGUGACCAAGAUGGAGUCCCCAGUCUUGCAGCCCUCGCAGUCCUUCAUGGAAGUGUAUUCUUGCCCUUACUGCACCAACUCUCCCAUCUUCGGUUCCCUCCUCAAACUCACUAAACACAUUAAAGAGAAUCACAAGAACAUCCCACUCGCCAACAACAAGCGCAAAGUCAAAGUGGCAGACUUGAGCCCAGCCUCAUCUGACGUGGAGAUAUCCUCACCCAAACGCCAUAGGGUAACUGGUGACAGCACUCCAGCAGUUGCUAAUGGAGACUAUCCCUGCAAUCAGUGUGACCUUCGAUUCACCAGCUUUGAGGGCUUCCAAGCCCAUCUGAAGUCCCACCUGGAACUGUUACUGAGGAGGCAGUCUUGCCCACAGUGCAACAAAGAGGACUUUGAUUCUCAGGAGUCACUGCUUCAGCACUUGACUAUUCACUACACCACCACUUCCACCCAGUAUGUCUGUGAGAGCUGUGACAAACAGUUCUCUUCCGUAGACGAUCUGCAAAAGCACUUGCUAGACAUGCAUACCUUUGUACUGUACCACUGCACACUGUGUCAGGAGGUCUUUGAUUCAAAGGUGUCCAUACAAGUCCACCUGGCCGUCAAGCACAGCAAUGAGAAGAAAAUGUAUCGCUGUACGGCCUGUGCUUGGGACUUCCGCAAAGAAAGUGACCUGCAGUUACACGUGAAGCACAGUCAUUUGGGUCACCCUACCAGUACGGGGGCAACCGGAAAAGCACGCAAAUGCAUAUUCUGUGGGGAGACCUUUGGCACAGAAGUAGAGCUCCAGUGUCACAUCACUACUCACAGUAAAAAGUAUAACUGCCGGCUCUGUGGGAAGGCCUUCCACGCCAUUGUCCUUUUGGAAAGACAUCUCAGAGAGAAGCACUGCAUUUUUGAUGGAGGAAAUGGCAAUGGAAAUGGAGGAAGCCAAAAUGGAACGCCCAAUGGGGUGACUCAAAGCUCUAAGCGUUCCACAGCAGGAUCGACUGCAGCUGCUGAGCAAGCAGAUUUGCAGAGCAUGCUAUUAAAAGGAGGAAAUCAGGAAACCGCGAACAGCCAUGAAGCUAGCGGUGGUGAAGAGGAGCUUGAUGCCUCAGAGCCAAUGUAUGCCUGCGACAUCUGUGGUGCGGCCUACACCAUGGAAUCUCUGCUUCAAAACCACCGCCUUCGAGACCACAAUAUCAGGCCUGGUGAGGACGAUGCAAGCUCAAGAAAAAAGAAGGCCGACUUCAUCAAGGGUAACCACAAGUGCAAUGUUUGCUCACGGACCUUCUUUUCUGAGAACGGCUUGAGGGAACAUGCUCAGACGCACCGUGGCCCAGCAAAACACUACAUGUGUCCCAUCUGCGGCGAACGCUUCCCUUCACUGCUUACUCUCACUGAGCACAAGGUCACCCACAGCAAGAGCCUGGACACAGGCACCUGCCGUAUCUGUAAGAUGCCCCUGCAGAGUGAGGAAGAGUUCAUUGAGCACUGCCAGAUGCACCCUGACCUGAGGAACUCCCUCACAGGCUUCCGCUGUGUAGUUUGCAUGCAAACUGUCACUUCAACGCUCGAACUGAAGAUUCAUGGAACUUUUCACAUGCAGAAGCUCUCGUCUUCUGGGGUCAGUGGCGGAGGAGGAAGAUCAGCCUCAUCAUCUCCCAAUGGCCAGCUGCAGGCCCACAAACUCUAUAAAUGUGCCCUGUGUCUCAAAGACUUCAAGAAUAAGCAAGAACUGGUCAAGAUAGAUGUGAACGGCCUGCCUUAUGGUCUUUGUGCUGGCUGCAUGAGUCGGGGUACAAAUGGCCAGUCCCCAACUGUUGUUGUCACCCCACAAGAGGUUGGGGAGAAGGGCACCACUGGACUGCGCUGCCCAGAGUGUGCUGUUAAAUUUGAGACCCUGGAAGACCUGGAAAGCCACGUUCAGGUGGACCAUCCCGAGAUGAGCCCUGAGACCAGUGGAGCUAAGAAAGUCACCGAUGCUUCACCUGUCCCUAAAGUAAAUCUGGUAGAGGUGCAGCUGCCCCGUUUCCCCCUUUCCCUCCCUGCCGUCCCAGAUCCGUCCAGGUGUGUCUCAGCCAGCUGCCGUGGAGGGGAAGGAGCGGCGAUAUCAGGAGCUCGUCAGCCUCCCAACCCCCCCCUUCUCCAUGCCGUGCGGAGGUCAAUCAAGGUGUGCGGGGGUCAAGGAGUGUGCGAUUUAGCAGAAGAAAAGGUGGGGACAAGAUGGAAAACGUAUGAAGAGAUUAAGAGAAUGAGUGAGGGUAGAAGAUUAUUGGGUAUCAUCAAGAUCGAGGGAUGUGACGGGCGGGUGAAUUUGGCAAGGAACAAGGGAUGA